CUUCUUUGCUUCUCACCAAAGGAGAUAGAGAAGUGAAGAUUCAGUUAUCUGCUGAGACCGUCUGCUUCACUUUGAGUGUGGAUAAAGUGCCAUGACGUGCAGUGCGGCCGGUAUGUUGCCCUACAAGCUCAUCUACUUCAACAUGCGAGGGAGAGCUGAACUCUCCCGCUACAUACUAGCCUGUGCUGAGAUCCCCUUCCAGGACGACAGGGUGGAGUGGAAAGACUGGCCAUCCCUCAAGCCGUCCUUUCCCCUUCAGCAGCUCCCGGUGCUGGAAGUUGAGGGGGUUGAGCUGAACCAGAGUCUGGCCAUUGCAAGGUUCUUCGCAAAAGAAGCAGGGCUGGCAGGGAACAGCAGGCUGGAAGAGGCCCAGGCGGACGCCUUGGUGGAGAGUCUCAACGACUUCACUCUCCUGAUUCCCUGGAGGGAGGAGGACCAGGCGCUCAAGAAACAGAAGAUUGACGAGCUCUUCGACUGCUACAUGCCCAAGCUGUUGAGCUUCCUUGAGAAGCACCUGAGGGACAGAGACUGGCUGGUGGGAAAUGCGAUGACCUGGGCGGACCUGUACUGGCAUGUCUGCUUCACCACCUGCAGCGUCCUGCGGCCGGGGUUCGCCAGUCAGAGCCCGGGUCUGUCUGCGCUCAUCGACAGGGUGGGGAGCAUCCCGCAGCUGGCCCGCUGGAUCCAGGGCCGGCCCGCCAGUGAAUUUUAGGCCGGCCCCAUAACGAAAAGCGCCAUUCAAAAUGGCAUUAGCAAAAAUAUGCAUUUAACUACCGGAGAGUCAGGAAAAAACAAAACAAAAAAACAACUUUUUUUUCUACAUAAGUAAAAUGGUAAAUGGUUGGCAUUUAUACAGCGCCUUUAUCCAAAGUGCUGUACAAUUGAAGCUUCUCAUUCACCCAUUCAUACACCAACAGCGAUUGGCUGCCAUGCAAGGCACAAACCAGCUUGUCAGGAGCAUUUGUGGGUUAGGUGUCUUGCACAGGGACACUUCGACACACCCAGGGUGGGAUUGAACUGGCAACCCCCUCUGACUGCUUACCACCUGAGCCAAUGUCUCCCCAUUUGUAGAAAUGCCACGGAUGACAAAAAAUAUAACUAUAAACAUUUUUUAUAUUGUGUAUUUAUUAUUUUAUUUUAAUUCAAUGUCCCUUAUGUUAACAGAAAUAGUGUAUGGAGCUCAGGAAAGGCAGCCUCGUUUGAGGUCAAGCGUUCUGCUGAAGAUGCAUGAAUCCCUAUAAGGAGCGCUUCAUUAUGCAAGCAAUCUUUCCACUAAAGUCACAACGACUUCACUGCGGCACCCAUUUUGGGUUAAACGGUGGAAGCGGCGGGCUCAAAGAGCAAUAACAUUGAAUGUCACGGAAAGCGAGAUCUAAGAACUGUGAAGAACUAGCCACAAUGCACGGCCCAACCAUUUUUAUUUAUUUUUUAACAAUGUGCUUUCACCAAUGAUGAAAUGAAUAAAGCAAUGAAGCAACAGACCCUUCCCUUUUUAGUAGUGAAUUGGGUAUAAACAGCAGACCUCUGGUAUGCACUGUGAAUAAAGCAGAAGUCCAAUGUAAAGUCAUUUAAGGCUUUUGGCUUCCACUGUUUUUAAUGAAACAAGCUGACCUCACCUGUUUGAAAUUCUGUCAGCUGAUUUGUGGUUGUUUGCUCCUUACACCAAAUGAACAGAGGAUCAGCAUGGUUGCCCAUUGCUGACAAUGUCAUUCCUACACAGUCAGCAAUUCAAGCUUAAGGGACUAAGAUGGCUUAGUUUGAGGCCUAGUGGCCAAGGUACAUAAUUGCAUAACUGGGACCCGGAUGUUUGGUGGUUCAAGCCCUGGUGUAGCCAUGUCAUACA